AUGCUAACACGUGGUGUGCUUUUGAUGCUGGUCCUUGCGAAGACAGUUCGUGCAUCUUUUUUCAUCGACCUUGAGGUCUGUCAUGCUCCAGGCAGAAAUCUCUGGAAGAAGGAGACAGUGAAUGUUAGAGACAAUGUGGCAUUUAUACAUAAUUGUCAAAUAUAUGCUGGAGCAGCGAAAGUACCAUUUGUGCUCACCCAAUGCAUCAGGAACAGUGAAGCUCAUCUAGCUAUUCCAAAUUCCGUACGGAUUCUCAGAAUUGACUUUUUAAGCGAAGAUAUUGAGUGGUGUACCGUACAAGAAAAGUUAGUUCUGAAAGAUGGACGUUCAACACAAAUAGUACUUGAUCAGUACUUCGAGUGCGAGCAGUACGCCCCAAGACUGGAAGAUGAUGUCAGAGUCUACCUUUCCUGCGAUCCACAUUUUGCUCAUCCGGUGAUCAUUGUAAUGCUAGACAGAUUUCGAAAAACCCCGCUGGUCUACUAUCUUCAAGCUUUCUUCUAUGGAUGGUGCAUCUCUAUAAUACUGUCAGCAACGAUUUUUCUGCUUAUAAACGUUCUGAAGCCCGAAGUAAUGGUGAUCCAAAUGAAAGAAUCCGAAGAAAAAGAGGCGCCAAACAAAAAUCGCUUACUAGGUGGCAAAUCAUUGAAAGCGGUGCUAGCUGCCGCACGAACAGCAGCAUUUUCAACUUUCUCUAAAAGACAAGAAUAUCAAGAUCUGGAUGCACCGGAGUCACCCAAUUGUGAAGGUAAUGUGAAAACCCCUACAGAAAAUCCUGCGCCUCAGCGGGAAAGAAGCAGAACCAAAAUCCAUGAUCUUCAGGGAGUAAUGAAGAACAUCAAAAACGGACAAAGAGAUAUUGAUGGUGAAGGUAAAGCAAAAGGAAAAUCCAAAUCAAAAAACAUUGGGAACGACAAGAUACAGAAGAAGAGCGAAAAUAAAAAAUUGAAGCCUAAGGAGCAGUGA